AAAGCCAUGACUGAAAAUCACAAUGAAAAUGAACUUAAUAAUAACGAGCCACGCGCGAUACAAAUCAUAGAAACUAAACCCGAUCACACUUUCGAAUUGAACUUAGAUGCACUGAAAGAUGUCGUCCAGAGGCCUCAUGUCCGCGACAAACGAGUCAUGGUACUCUCGGUCGCCGGAGCGUUCCGAAAGGGCAAGUCGUUCCUCCUAAAUUUCCUUUUAAGGUACCUAAAAAGACAAGCAGUGUCGGGAUCUCGGAACGACUCUUGGAUUGGCGAGGCUGAAGAUAAAUUACUUGGCUUUUCGUGGCGCAGUGGGUCCGAACGAGACACGAACGGAAUUCUGAUGUGGAGCGAACCAUUCUUCGUGAAGACAAACUCGGGCGAUGAAAUUGUUGUUCUGCUAAUGGAUACGCAGGGAUCCUUUGAUAACCAGUCCACGGUUAGGGAUUGUGCGACCAUUUUUGCUUUGUCGACUAUGAUCAGUUCGGUGCAGGUUUUCAAUAUUAGCAUGAAUGUUCAAGAGGACGACUUGCAACACUUACAACUGUUCACAGAGUACGGUAGGCUUGCAUUGCAAUCGGCUCAAGGGAAGCCGUUUCAGAGACUAGUGUUCCUGGUUCGAGACUGGAGUUUUCCCUACGAGUACCCAUACGGCGCAGAAGGUGGGGCUAAAAAAUUGUCUAAAAUUUUACAAGUUUCCGAGAAGCAGCAUGAUGAAUUGAGAAAUGUAAGGGGUCAUAUAAGUAGUUGUUUUUCGCAUGUUGACUGUUUUCUAAUGCCACACCCUGGCUUGAAAGUGGCGACCUCGCCUGAAUUUGUGGGUCAAUUAAAAGACAUAGAGGUGGAGUUCCAGAACCAACUGAAAGACCUUGUCAAGUAUCUCUUCAGUCCCGAGAAGUUGCAGUGUAAAAUGAUCAACGACCAGGCUAUCACGGCGUCCGAUCUGGUCGCUUAUUUUGAAUCGUACAUGAAAAUAUACCAAGGUGACGAGCUACCGGAGGUAAAGACUAUGCUGCAAGCCACUGCCGAGGCGAACAAUCUCGCCGCUGUUUCCGCUGCCAGAGAAUUGUACCAGCGAGAACUGGAAUUAUUUUGCGGAGGCGACAAGCCUUAUAUGAAGCCAGAAAUCAUGGAAACCCAUCACAAACAUCUCUCCGAAAAGGCUUUAGAAAAGUUCAAAUCCGUUCGCAAAAUGGGAGGAUCCGAAUUCAGCGAACAGUACGCGCUGCAGUUACAUGAUCAAUUAACCAAAAUGUACGUAAGUUGCACUAAGCAGAACGAAGCUAAAAACCUGUUUCACACGGCCAAGACCCCCUUCGUAUUGUUCACAGUAGGCAUCGCUUUUUGUUUUCUCAUCGCUUGUUGUUGUAAAAUGUUUAAAAUCCGAAGAAGUUAUCCGAAGAAGUUAUCAGUGUAA